CUCCGGCCAGCGGGCGGAGACCGAUCCGGGAUCUGUCCCAGCAGGAAGCGAAUCCCGGCGGCCGACGUCUCCGGUGCUCGCUCUCGGCCGCGGCGUCGCGCUCUCCCUUCGCGCCCGCAGCCCGGCAUCCUCUCCGCAGCCGCGACCCCUCGCACCUGCCUCUCCGGGAGAUAGUGGAGAACCUCCUUCAAAAUGGAAGAUGGAAAGCCCGUUUGGGCUCCCCACCCCACAGAUGGAUUUCAGAUGGGCAACAUUGUGGAUAUUGGCCCUGACAGCCUAACUAUUGAACCCUUGAACCAAAAAGGCAAGACAUUUUUGGCUCCUAUAAACCAAGUGUUCCCUGCAGAAGAGGACAGUAAAAAAGAUGUGGAAGAUAACUGUUCACUGAUGUACUUAAAUGAAGCCACACUCCUCCAUAAUGUCAAAGUUCGGUACAGUAAAGACAGAAUCUAUACAUAUGUCGCCAACAUUCUGAUUGCAGUGAAUCCAUACUUUGAUAUUCCUAAAAUAUAUUCUUCAGAUACAAUAAAGUCAUAUCAAGGAAAGUCUCUUGGGACGAUGCCACCUCAUGUCUUUGCAAUUGCUGAUAAGGCUUUUCGAGACAUGAAGGUGCUUAAGAUGAGCCAGUCUAUCAUUGUGUCUGGAGAAUCAGGAGCUGGCAAAACAGAAAAUACAAAGUUUGUUCUAAGAUACCUGACAGAAUCUUAUGGGACUGGUCAAGAUAUUGAUGAUAGAAUUGUUGAAGCUAACCCACUAUUGGAAGCCUUUGGAAAUGCAAAGACUGUUCGUAACAAUAACAGCAGUCGAUUUGGGAAGUUCGUGGAAAUUCAUUUCAACGAAAAGAGCUCAGUUGUUGGAGGAUUUGUUUCUCACUAUCUCCUAGAGAAGUCUAGGAUUUGUGUUCAAGGCAAAGAGGAGCGCAAUUACCAUAUAUUUUACAGGUUGUGUGCUGGGGCUUCAGAAGACAUUAGGGAGAAGCUGCACUUGAGUUCCCCAGAUAAUUUUCGGUAUUUAAACCGAGGCUGCACUAGGUACUUCGCUAACAAAGAAACUGACAAGCAGAUUUUACAGAAUCGAAAAAGCCCUGAGUAUGUUAAGGCAGGUUCCCUGAAAGACCCUCUGUUAGAUGACCAUGGAGAUUUUAUUAGGAUGUGCACAGCCAUGAAAAAGAUUGGUUUGGAUGACGAAGAAAAACUUGAUCUGUUCCGAGUCGUAGCUGGUGUCCUGCACCUUGGAAAUAUUGAUUUUGAGGAAGCCGGAAGCACUUCAGGUGGCUGUAAUCUGAAGAACAAAUCCGCCCCGUCCUUGGAAUAUUGUGCAGAACUGCUGGGGUUGGACCAGGAUGAUCUGCGAGUCAGUUUAACCACGAGAGUCAUGCUCACCACAGCAGGGGGCACCAAAGGAACGGUUAUAAAGGUUCCUCUGAAAGUGGAGCAAGCAAACAAUGCCCGCGAUGCUCUGGCAAAGACUGUCUACAGCCAUCUUUUUGAUCACGUGGUCAACAGAGUGAAUCAGUGUUUUCCUUUUGAAACAUCGUCCUAUUUUAUUGGAGUCCUGGAUAUUGCUGGUUUUGAGUACUUUGAGCACAACAGCUUUGAACAGUUUUGUAUUAACUAUUGCAAUGAGAAACUCCAACAGUUUUUUAAUGAAAGGAUCCUGAAGGAGGAGCAAGAACUCUAUCAGAAAGAGGGCCUGGGUGUUAAUGAAGUGCAUUACGUGGACAAUCAGGACUGCAUAGAUUUAAUUGAAGUGAAAUUGGUGGGAAUCCUGGAUAUUCUGGAUGAAGAAAAUCGUCUCCCCCAGCCGAGUGACCAGCACUUCACAUCAGCGGUCCACCAGAAGCACAAGGACCAUUUCCGACUCUCUAUUCCCAGGAAGUCUAAGCUGGCCGUCCACAGGAACCUGAGAGACGAUGAGGGUUUCAUCAUCCGGCACUUCGCAGGGGCAGUGUGCUACGAGACGACCCAGUUUGUGGAGAAAAAUAAUGACGCACUACAUAUGUCUCUUGAAUCCUUGAUUUGCGAAUCUAGGGAUAAGUUUAUACGGGCCUUAUUCGAAUCAUCCACCAAUAACAACAAAGAUACAAAACAAAAGGCAGGAAAACUCAGCUUCAUCAGCGUGGGAAACAAGUUUAAGACACAGUUAAAUUUGCUUCUGGAUAAACUGCGAAGUACUGGAGCGAGCUUCAUUCGCUGCAUCAAACCCAACUUAAAGAUGACAAGUCACCACUUCGAAGGCGCCCAAAUUCUGUCUCAACUGCAAUGUUCAGGUAUGGUGUCGGUGCUGGACUUGAUGCAAGGAGGUUUCCCUUCAAGAGCCUCAUUUCAUGAACUCUAUAAUAUGUACAAGAAGUACAUGCCAGACAAACUUGCAAGAUUGGAUCCAAGGCUAUUUUGUAAGGCUCUUUUUAAAGCUUUGGGAUUAAAUGAAGUUGACUACAAGUUUGGGCUAACGAAAGUAUUUUUCAGACCUGGCAAGUUUGCAGAAUUUGAUCAGAUUAUGAAGUCUGACCCUGAUCACUUAGCGGAGUUGGUAAAAAGAGUCAAUCUUUGGCUAGUCUGUAGUCGCUGGAAGAAAGUUCAGUGGUGUUCCCUGUCAGUCAUCAAACUGAAAAACAAAAUAAAAUAUCGAGCUGAAGCGUGCAUUAAAAUGCAGAAAACCAUUAGAAUGUGGCUGUGCAAAAGGAGACACAAACCACGCAUUGAUGGCCUGGUCAAGGUGGGCACACUGAAGAAACGACUUGACAAGUUCAAUGAAGUCGUAAGUGCGCUGAAAGAUGGGAAGCCGGAGGUGAACAGGCAGAUCAAAGACCUGGAGAUUUCCAUUGAUGCCUUGAUGGCCAAAAUUAAGUCUACCAUGAUGACGAGGGAGCAAAUACAGAAAGAGUAUGAUGCGCUUGUUAAAAGCUCAGAAGACCUCCUCAGUGCCCUGCAGAAGAAGAAGCAGCAGCAGGAGGAAGCAGAGAGGCUGCGGCGCAUUCAAGAGGAGAUGGAGAAGGAAAGGAAGAGACGUGAAGAGGAUGAAAAGCGUCGGCGGAAGGAGGAGGAGGAGAGGCGGAUGAAACUUGAGAUGGAAGCAAAAAGAAAACAAGAAGAGGAGGAAAGGAAGAAGAGGGAAGACGAUGAGAAACGGAUCCAGGCUGAGGUGGAAGCGCAGCUGGCCAGACAGCGGGAGGAGGAGUCCCAGCAGCAGGCGGUCCUGGCGCAGGAGUGCAGGGACAGGGAGCUGGCCCUGCGCAUCGCCCAGAACGAGUCCGAGCUCAUCAGUGACGAGGCGCAGAGUGAUCUGGCGCUGCGAAGCCUAAGUUCCUGUCCAGCAACUUCUAAACCUAAUGGAGCAAGACCGCAUAUGACACCGGAACAAAUGGCCAAAGAAAUGUCAGAAAUUUUGAGUAGAGGUCCUGCUGUACAAGCUACCAAGGCAGCUGCUGGUACCAAGAAGCAUGAUCUCAGUAAAUGGAAGUAUGCAGAGCUCCGUGAUACAAUCAAUACUUCUUGUGACAUCGAGCUCCUGGCCGCGUGCAGGGAAGAAUUUCACAGGAGACUGAAAGUGUAUCACGCUUGGAAAUCCAAGAACAAGAAGCGAAACACUGAAACGGAGCAGCGUGCUCCCAAGUCUGUUACUGAUUACGAUUUUGCGCCAUUUUUGAACAGUUCACCUCAGCAGAACCCUGCAGCUCAGCUUUCUGCCAGGCAGCAGGAGCUUGAGAUGAACCGACAGCAGCGUUUCUUCCGCAUCCCAUUCAUCCGCCCUGCUGACCAGUACAAAGAUCCUCAGAACAAGAAAAAGGGCUGGUGGUAUGCCCAUUUCGACGGACCCUGGAUUGCUCGGCAGAUGGAACUCCACCCUGACAAGCCACCCAUCCUUCUUGUAGCUGGCAAGGAUGACAUGGAGAUGUGUGAGCUGAAUCUCGAGGAGACAGGUCUGACUCGGAAGCGCGGUGCUGAGAUCCUGCCCAGGCAGUUCGAAGAGAUCUGGGAGCGCUGCGGAGGCAUCCAGUACCUUCAGAGCGCCAUCGAGAGCAGGCAGGCCCGGCCCACCUAUGCCACGGCCAUGCUGCAGAACCUGCUCAAGUAGGGUGCAGGCCUCCGGCGUGGUCUAGCCAGCUCGGGCAGGGAGGCGAGCAGAAGGCUCACCAUUUCCUUGCUCCUGGUAGAAUGCCUUAUGCAAAGUGAACAGAUUUUAUUAAUCAUGCGUUUUGUUAAUUUGUUCAAGGUUAAUUAAGGUUGCAGUAGUGGAUUAAGGACCUAAAAACAGAAUAGUCCUGGUCUCCCCCCCCCAUUGUUCCGAUGCUUUCAGCCCCCUGAGAGAGUCUGUCCUUCUCAAGUUCUGCACACUGACCACCUUAAGUCCAUGGUGACUAUUCUCAAGGACAAGAGCUUUUUUUUUUUUUUAAUUUCAAAUAUUUUAUUUUCUUUUUUAAGGAUGGCACAGUGCCUUUAUAACCGGGAUAAUGAAAUCUUAGCUUAUUUGGAGCAAGAAUUAAGGUACUUAAAAUGAUUAAGGAACAGAUUUUUUUUUGGUCUAAAAAGCUGUAUUUUGUCUGCCUUUUCAGAAAUUCAUAGAAAUGGACUUACUCCGUUUUUAGUGUGCUUAGGCUUGAUGAAGGCCGAGUUCUGGGAUUCUGGAAAGCGCUUUAAUGUAUAGGAGGUAUUAUGUGCUGAAGAGGUGCAGGACAGAUACGGAUGGACACAGGGUGCUUUCCUACCGAGCUCUGUGUUACUCCUGUAACCUCCUCUCCCCAAUUCAUGGUUGAGUAAAGGAAAUCCAGACCACUCGGGUGACUGGAAGUUCUGAUGUAGCUUUGUUUCCCCUUGGAAGGGACACAGGGUUGAGGUGGUGCUGUGACUUCACUGGACUCAAUUCACAUCCUUCCUCACUUCAUCUCAAUUGUGAUUCCUCAGUUUAAACCUUGUCCAACUUAUUUCGUGUGAUUUAAGCUGGUGUGCUGUUUCAGACGUCUCUCCUGCCCCCUUCCCCAAAAAAUCUGCUUUGGUCUUUGAAAUGUGGUCGCUGUCGAGCCGUUCUGUAAACUUUGUAACUCAGACUCCCUUGUGCUUAGGCCGAGCUUGUUCCUGCUGCAGGUGGUUUUUAAAACACUCCUUUUGUGUGCCCUUAGUCCCGAUCAGGUGUCAGCUGCUGGAGCUGAUGCUUAGGACUUGGCUGUUAGGACCUUAGAGACAAAACUACAUCAAGGAGUUACGGUGACACCCAAAGGAGUCUUUGUUUGUAUUCUAGAAUAAAAGUAGAAAGUAAAUUUAUUCUUUACACUCCCUUUGUUUUUAAACACCCUAACCUUUGAAGUUUUAGGGUUUUUUUUUCCUUAGACAGAUAUCUCAGUUAGGAAAUACUUGCCAGCUGACGGGAUUAAUGUUUAGAAGCCUCAGAUUCUGCUGUCACAGUUGCUCCUCCCAGAAUGCUUUAGUACGGAAGUACUUAUUUAUUAUGAUACUGUGGGAGUGGUGGUUUUGUGAUAAGGAAACGAAAUGGCCCCCCACCUGUGCUAAUAAUGGAAAAUGGGAAUGGGAUUGGAGGUUGUCUUACUGCUUACACUCACCCACCGUCCGGUCAUUCGGUGAUUGGUGGCGGAAGGAGUAGUUACCAAAAUAAACAACCUGUUGUUUCUCUUUCAUCUCUCUCCUUUGAUUGGUGUCUUUAUUUGUGCGAGGUAGAAAAUAAGCUUUAUUUCCUAAUUAUCAGUGAGUAUAGUCCUUGAAAAUAAACCUAGGGCCUAACUGUCAGUCACUUGUCUGCUCAGCACUAUUUUCUGUGUCUUCCGGAUCCAUGCAUAAGCUAUAGAUGAAAAAUUAAUCAAAAAGUGGAAAUUAUUAUGACAGAACUUUAAAAUUUAAAGAAUUUAUAGGAAAUAUAGGACAGCAAAGUAUUUUCGAAAGUCUUUGUGUGUGUGUGUGGUUUUUGACUUUGAUAAAUUCUACAGUUAAUUGUGAAACCAUUUUCUUCCUAAUUAUGUCACCCAGAUUUCCUACAAUUUAUCUGUUUCAAGUAGUCUCCUGAGUUAAUUUUGUCAAGAAGAAGAAUUGCCCUAAUUCGGGCAAGUGUGAUCUUUCCACAUGUCACAGCACGGUACUUAGGUGCUUCCAGGAAAACCUUAGGACAUCAUUUUUGGGGACACAGCAGAAACAGUGUUCUACAAGACACUGACCCAGCGUCUCAUCUGUGUUUUGUAGAUUCAGAUCCACAAAGGCUGUGCAAGAACUGAGGGUAUCCAGGUCAAUUAACUCUUAUUUUAGCCAGCCAUUUAAAAUUACAACUUUAAACCAGUACACUAAACGCAAAGAACUAAUUUCUCGAAUGCUUUUCAGUUCUAGUUUCUUCCACAGUGUGUGUACAUUUUAACAGAAUGUAAAGCAUCGACGGCAGGUGUUUCCUGUUGAAUUCAGCUGUGACACAAUGCCCCAUGCCAGCAGCACAGAUGAGAUGCGUGUUAGUGGGGAGCUGUGCUCUCAGUGAGAACAGCGAGUGUCUAGAGGCCUGGUGUGUUCAGAAGCUGCAGCCCCUUCACUGUCAGGGAGACCACACUGGAACAAGACUAUGUAAAGAAGCAAAAUAGCCGAGAACAGCCUGCCCUAAAGGUGUUGUAGUGAGACAGGCUCUCCCUCUGGCCAGGAAGAAACUCUUUACAGGCCUUGAACCCUUUUGUUUCACUAGCAGCCAAGGAAACAGCUCAAGGCAAAACUAGGAGAUGCUUGUGAGAUUUAGACAGUAGAAAACACAGGCAAAAUAAUAAUAAUAGUAGAUAUUUAUUCCAUGUGAUCUUUAUGAAUUGGGUUGCUUUUUCCAUGUUGGGGAUUGAACCCGGGGCUUCCUGCAGGUGAGGCUCUGCCACGGAGGCACCUCUCUGACCUUUGGAGACACUUUUACUUUUGGAAGACACUUUUACUCACAGGUUAUUAAUAUGGUUCUCAGGGGGUUCAAAUAUGUAGAACUUUGGUUUCUUAAAAUAGCUUUAAGAUACUUGGACCAGCAGAAUAGUUAUUAAACUAAUCAGUCAGUUAAUGCUAAGUUAAUGCUAAUCUUACUUCCUUAUGUGGAAAAAAAGUUGUAGAAAGCCAGGGACAUCAUAUAAUUUACUACCAGACCAUGAAAAGAUAUAAAUGCCUUUGCUCCAGCUAUGUAGCAAAAAGAGUGAAAGCAAUGUUUUGUUUGCUCAACCAGUCCUGGAAAACUUGCAAAGGGCUGUUCCUGUACUUUCCCGCUUAUGCUUAACACUGGUAAAUAAGGAUUGAGUUUUAAUUUCUCCCAGAGACACACUAACAGCAGGGGAGGGAAGGGCAGAGGACAUUUAACAUUUAGAAUGGGGUGCGGGAACAAUGGUAGCCAUAAGGGCAGAGAAGAGCCGAAGUGCAAGAGAAGGGAAAUCGUGCAUCCUCUGGAGACUGCACCUCAAUUGGGAAACACUGAGAAACACUCCCGGGUCCUUGCUGAAGUUUAGGAGGCAUUUUGUACAGCUUAAGAGCAGAAAUUAAGGUCAGAAAACUUGGAUGUUGAGUCACCUGGUGUGUAGAUCUUAGCAGGUAAGGCUGGUGCAGCUGAACUGGAGGUGCCCAGGAAAGACCCUGGCAUCCUGUGUGCCGCAUGCGAGGUUAGGGAGAGAGUCCGCCUGUGUCGAUGCCACAGCUUUGGAAUAUUUGCUGCAACCCAAUCAGCGUCUUCUUCCCCCAGCAGUAACCUAUGUAUGAAGCAACGUUGAUUCUUGGAAGUUUCCCAAUAGAUAAUUAGGAAAAAUUAAUGCACAUCGCAGACUGCAUAAUCUUUAAUCUUAAUUUUCAUCAAUAUAGAAACUAUAAACAGGCUUAUUAAGUGGCCACUUUUUUCACUUCUGGAAAUUUGUCUAUUUGUAAUUGUUAAUUUUUCUUCAUUGAAAGUGUGUAUCUAAUAGUUUCUUAAAAUACUCAUA